AUGGCUUCCUCGGAAGCCGAUUCCCGAUUGAGUCGAGUCGUAACACCAGCUUUAGAGAAGAUCAUCAAGAACGCGUCGUGGCGUAAACACUCAAAGCUCGCUACCGAAUGCAAAGCUGUUAUCGAACGACUGAAUUCGCCACAGAAAUCACCAACUCCAUCUUCUUCUGCCGACUCCGAGCCUGAUUCCUCUGUUCCUGGUCCACUCAACGACGGUGGUUCGAUCGAGUACUCGCUCGCCGAUUCUGAGUACAUCUUCAGCCCUUUGAUCAAUGCCUGUGGCACUGGUCUCGCGAAGAUCGUCGAGCCUGGUAUCGACUGUAUUCAGAAACUUAUCGCGCAUGGUUACAUUCGUGGUGAAUCGGACCCUUCCGGUGGAGCAGAGUCCAUUCUCCUUUUUAAAUUGAUCGAGUCCGUUUGUAAAUGCCAUGAUUUAGGAGACGAAUCCAUUGAAUUACCUGUGCUUAAGACUUUGUUAUCUGCAAUCAACUCCAUCUCACUGAGGAUCCAUGGAGAUUGCUUGCUCUUGAUUGUACGUACUUGCUACGACAUUUACUUAGGAAGCAAAAACGUAGUGAAUCAGACGACUGCAAAGGCUUCGCUGAUCCAGAUACUGGUGAUUGUGUUCAGGAGAAUGGAGGCGGAUUCGUCAACGGUUCCAAUUCAGCCGAUCGUAGUGGCUGAGUUGAUGCAGCCGGUCGAAAAAUCAGAUGCGGAUGGGACAAUGACGCAGUUUGUUCAGGGUUUCAUCACUAAAAUCAUGCAGGAUAUCGACGGUGUGUUGAAUCCGACAAUGCCAUCCUCAGGAGGCCAAGAUGGGGCAUUGGAGACUACCACAGUCGAGACUACGAAUCCGACGGAUUUGUUGGAUUCCACUGAUAAGGACAUGUUGGAUGCUAAGUAUUGGGAGAUCAGUAUGUACAAGUCGGCUUUAGAGGGAAGGAAGGGGAAGCUAGCAGAUGUGGAAGCUGAGAGAGAUGAUGAUUUAGAGGUUCAGAUAGAGAAUAAGUUGCGGAGAGAUGCCUUCUUGGUUUUCAGGGCGCUUUGUAAGCUCUCAAUGAAGGCGCCUGCAAAGGAGUCUUCGACAGAUCCGCAGUCGAUGAGAGGGAAGAUUCUGGCUCUUGAGCUGUUGAAGAUCUUGUUGGAAAAUGCUGGAGCUGUCUUUAGGACAAGCGAAAGGUUCUUAGGUGCUAUCAAACAGUAUUUGUGUUUGUCUUUGUUGAAGAACAGCGCUUCUACUCUCAUGAUUAUCUUCCAGCUUUCUUGCUCUAUUUUUAUCAGCCUGGUUGCAAGAUUUCGAGCUGGAUUAAAGGCCGAAAUUGGAGUUUUUUUUCCCAUGAUUGUUCUUAGAGUCGUGGAGAAUGUUGCUCAACCUAAUUUUCAACAGAAGAUGAUUGUUCUUCGGUUUCUUGACAAACUUUGUUUGGAUUCACAAAUCCUAGUUGAUAUAUUCUUGAACUACGAUUGUGAUGUCAAUUCUUCAAAUAUUUUUGAGAGGAUGGUAAAUGGUCUCCUUAAAACUGCUCAAGGGGCUCCUCCUGGUACAGCUACAACGCUGUUGCCACCUCAGGAGGGAGCUAUGAAACUUGAAGCCAUGAAAUGCUUAGUAGUCAUAUUGAAAUCAAUGGGAGAUUGGUUGAACAAGCAGUUGCGCCUGCCAGUUUCUAAUUCGUUGAAUAAAUCUGAAGCACUGGAGAUCGAUCUGGGAUCCGGAACCCCCAAGCUGGCAAAUGGAAAUGCUGAUGAGUCUGUUGACGGAUCAGAUACCCAAUCUGAAUCUUCAGGAGGUACAUCUGAUGCUCUGGCCAUCGAGCAGCGCCGGGCUUACAAGCUCGAACUUCAGGAAGGUAUUUCUCUUUUUAAUCGGAAGCCAACAAAAGGCAUUGAAUUUCUCAUCAAUGCGGGUAAGGUGGGUGACUCUCCUGAAGAAAUAGCAGCUUUCCUCAAAGAUGCGUCAGGGUUAAGUAAAACUUUGAUAGGUGAUUACCUUGGAGAAAGAGAAGAGUUACAUCUCAAGGUGAUGCAUGCGUAUGUGGAUUCUUUUGAUUUUCAAGACAUGGAAUUUGAUGAGGCAAUAAGAACCUUUCUUGAAGGUUUUAGGCUGCCAGGAGAAGCACAAAAGAUUGACCGGAUCAUGGAAAAGUUUGCUGAACGUUACUGCAAGUGCAAUCCUAAAGUGUUUACUAGUGCAGACACAGCUUAUGUUCUUGCAUAUUCUGUGAUCAUGCUCAAUACUGAUGCCCACAACUCCAUGGUGAAGAACAAGAUGUCUGCCGAUGAGUUUAUUAGAAACAAUCGUGGAAUAGACGACGGAAAGGAUUUACCUGCGGACUACAUGAGAUCGCUGUAUGAAAGGAUAACAAAGAAUGAGAUAAAGAUGAAAGAAGAUGAGUUGCCUUUGCAACAGAAACAAUCUGCAAACUCAAACAGAAUGCUUGGUUUGGAUGGUAUAUUAAACAUAGUGAUCCGUAAGCAGUGGGGAGAUUCAUAUGUGGAAACAAGUGAUGAUCUGAUGAAGCAUAUGCAAGAGCAAUUUAAGGAAAAAGCUCGCAAAUCAGAGUCAACCUACUAUGCUGCAACAGAUGUGGUUAUUCUCAGAUUUAUGAUUGAGGCUUGUUGGGCUCCUAUGCUUGCUGCAUUCAGUGUGCCGCUAGACCAGAGUGAUGAUUUGAUAGUUAUCAACUUAUGUCUUGAAGGCUUUCACCAUGCAAUCCAUGCCACUUCUUUGAUGUCAAUGAAGACCCAUAGAGAUGCUUUUGUGACUUCACUAGCAAAGUUCACUUCACUUCACUCCCCAGCUGAUAUCAAGCAGAAAAAUAUUGAAGCCAUCAAGGCGAUUCUCAAACUUGCUGAUGAAGAGGGCAACUAUUUGCAAGAUGCCUGGGAGCAUAUACUAACUUGUGUUUCCCGUUUUGAGCAACUACAUCUCUUGGGAGAAGGUGCUCCUCCAGAUGCCGCUUUUUUUGCUUCCAAGCAAAAUGAGUCGGAGAAAUCAAAGCAAUCCAAACAAAAUGUACUUCCUGUCCUGAAAAAGAAGGGUCCUGGAAAAAGUCAAUAUGCAGUGACAGGUGUCUUGAGGGGUUCAUAUGACAGCAUGAGUUUUGGCAGAAAAGGUUCUAGGAACGUGAGACAAGAACAGAUGAGCAGUAUAGUCUCUAAUUUGAACUUGUUGGAGCAGGUUGGUGAAAUGAAUCAAAUCUUCGCACAGAGUCAGAAACUGAACAGUGAAGCGAUAAUAGACUUUGUUAAAGCUCUCUGCAAAGUUUCUAUGGAUGAGUUGCGGUCUCCUUCUAAUCCACGCGUUUUUAGCCUCACAAAGAUUGUUGAGAUAGCGCAUUAUAACAUGAACCGCAUAAGGCUUGUUUGGUCAAGCAUCUGGCAAGUGCUAUCGGGGUUCUUUGUGACCAUUGGGUGCUCAGAGAAUCUUUCUAUUGCAAUCUUUGCGAUGGAUUCUUUGCGCCAGUUGUCAAUGAAAUUCCUGGAACGGGAAGAGUUGGCCAAUUACAACUUCCAGAAUGAAUUUAUGACACCUUUUGUCAUUGUUAUGCGUAGAAGUAAUGAUGUUGAGAUCAGAGAACUUAUCAUCCGAUGUGUUUCUCAGAUGGUAUUGUCGCGUGUAAAUAACGUCAAGUCCGGAUGGAAAAGCAUGUUCAUGGUUUUUACAACAGCAGCAUAUGAUGACCACAAAAAUAUUGUGCUUUUGUCCUUCGAGAUUAUCGAGAAGAUUAUCCGAGAAUAUUUCCCGUACAUCACAGAGACAGAAACCACCACUUUUACAGAUUGUGUGAAUUGCCUUGUUGCAUUCACCAAUAACAGAUUUAGCAAGGAUAUCAGUCUCAGUUCCAUAGCUUUCCUCCGGUAUUGUGCAACAAAACUGGCAGAAGGAGAUCUUAAAUCAACAUCAUCGAAAAAAGACAAGGAAACUUCUGGAAAGAUUCCUCAGUCAUCUCUCCACACAGGAAAAAGCGGGAAACAAGAGAACGGAGAGAUUGCAAACAGUAAUAAUCAGCUACACUUUUGGUUUCCCUUACUAGCAGGCUUAUCAGAGCUUAGUUUCGAUCCAAGACCAGAAAUCAGGAAAAGUGCACUACAGAUUCUGUUUGACACCUUACGCAACCAUGGCCACUUAUUUUCUCUACCAUUAUGGGAAAAAAUAUUUGAGUCAGUAUUAUUUCCUAUAUUCGACUAUGUACGGCAUUCUAUUGAUCCUUCUGGCGAAGAAGAGUCUGCAGAUCAAGGAAGUUAUGGUGAUGUGGAUGAGCUAGACCAUGAUGCGUGGCUCUAUGAGACCUGCACAUUAGCACUACAGCUUGUAGUGGAUCUAUUUGUCAAAUUCUACACGACGGUCAAUCCACUUCUAAAAAAAGUACUAAUGCUUCUUGUGAGUUUCAUAAAAAGACCUCACCAGAGCCUUGCAGGGAUUGGUAUCGCUGCGUUCGUUCGUCUUAUGAGUGAUGCCGGUGGGUUGUUUUCUGAAGAAAAAUGGUUAGAAGUUGUGUCGUCUUUAAAAGAAUCAGCAAAGACGACUUGCCCAGAUUUUUCUUAUUUCCUCAGCGAAGAAUAUGUGGAGAGAAGCCAACGAAAUGCUCAGAACAGUAAUGCAGUGUCUGUUGUUCCAAUUGGCUCGGAUGGUAAUGAAGAGAGUCAGAGAACAGCAAACCGUCUUUACGCCGUUAUCUCUGAUGCUAAGUGCCGAGCCGCUGUUCAGCUUUUGUUGAUUCAGGCUGUGAUGGAGAUUUACAACAUGUACAGACCUCAGCUUUCAGCGAAAAACACAUUAGUCCUCUUCGAUGCAUUGCACGGUGUAGCAUUACAUGCUCACAGUGUAAACAGCAAUGCGAUACUCCGUUCAAGGCUACAAGAUCUAGGACCCAUGACACAAAUGCAAGAUCCUCCACUACUUCGUCUCGAAAACGAGUCUUACCAAAUCUGCCUCACAUUCGUACAGAAUCUCGUUUCAGACAAAAACAAAGAUGCAAAAGAAGAAAUAGAAUCACUUCUAGUCAACAUCUGUCAAGAAGUUCUCAGCUUCUACAUCGAAACUUCUUCUUCUGCGAAAAAACAACAAUCAGAAUCAUCACGAGUCAGUGAAUACCGAUGGAGAAUACCACUGGGAUCAGGAAAACGAAGGGAAUUAGCGGCAAGAGCUCCUCUUAUAGUUGCAACACUUCAAACAAUAUGUACAUUGGAAGAUGUAUCAUUUGAGAAGAACCUGAAAUGUCUGUUUCCACUUUUGGCUAGCUUGAUUUGCUGCGAACACGGCUCUAGCGAGGUUCAGGUCGCGCUUGCUGACAUGCUCGGCUUAUCGGUUGGCCCGGUUUUACUCCAAUGGUGCUGA